UUCUCUGGAGACGUAUGAACGUCUGUAAUACAUCUGUUUAAGAUCUGGAGAUCUGCUGCGUAAAGACAUCUGCUAAACACCUUAGAAAGAGCAGCUUUAUAUCCAUUCUAAAUCAUAAACAUCUUACAGUCAUCUUCUAGAGGUCUAUAUGACGUCUGACAGCAGACAUCUCCCAGACGUAUUGCAGAUGAACAAACUAUGUAUUGUAGAUGUCUUGCAGAUGUAUGCUUUCCAUUAAGUUAUGCUGCUGUUCAUAUUUAGCGUACUUUAACAAAUGUCUGCAUUAUAGAAACACACAGAAUUUUAUGAUUUCAUUCAAUUUAUUUAUUUUAUACAUUUGGCCCUUCUCUUCUUUAGUCAUUCAUUCAUUCACUACAUCCCUCCACCCCUUCCUCCCUUAGUCACACACUCACUCACCUAUUUUAUAUACUUAAAUUGCUGAUUGAUGAGAAUGGCAUUGCCCUCUAGGCCUCGUUUAUCAAUACAGUGUGCCAAAAAAAGUUUCCUUGUCUUCUUGAUACUGAAAUAACAAGACUAAGUCAUCCUUUGCCUUGAAGAAUAGAUCCCUCAGGAUCUUUCAGAGGACAUUUUGUUGAUCGUCCCCGUGCAUCCACAAAAAUACAGGCUCUGUCACCUCCCCACGAAUUAAGUAACUACAAAAUGUAAUUUCUUUUGAUGUUAAGUGCAAUGUUCAAUAAAGAGUUUAUUAAAAAAGUAUAACUGCCCUAAAUUGUUUCUGCCGGAAGUAGACGCACCUUUGCGCAUGCGCGUAUUUGUAGCGGCGCGUCAUUAAAAUCACAGACGCAGAGCCGACGAGUCGACGGAACUUAAGGUCUGACUCGCAGUAUUAUUACUCUUCAUAGAUUAAUAAGUCUGCGUGUAGGUUUAGUUUUUCAUCAUUUAUCGGUCAUUGUGUUUUUGGGAGCGGCGGCAGAGAGCUGAAACACUCUUGAAAAAGUUUACUCAACAUCUACAACAGCAUGAAGACGAUCACUUUACUCUUGAUCAACUCUCUUUUCAUCAACGGUGUGUUUGAUGAUGAGACUGAGACAGUGUCAGUGAAUGAAGGAGAUUCUGUUACUCUACACACUCAUCUUAAUGAACUACAGACAGAUGAUGUGAUAGUGUGGAGGUUUAAUGGCGAUCGCAUAGCUAAAAUCAACAGAGCGGUCAACAACAGUGAUCCAGUUUAUGACUCUGAUGUGAGAUUUACUGACAAACUGAAGAUGAAUCCUCAGACUGGAGAUCUCACCAUCACACACAUCACAUCUGAACACACUGGACUUUAUGAACUAGAGAUCAUCAACGGAGAGACAGAAACAAAGUCAUUCAGUGUCAGUGUAUUUCCUAAAAUGGAGACUGUGAAAGAGAGAGAUUCUGUCUCUCUACACAUUAAUGUUACUGAUGAACAGAGAAAUGAGAAGAUACACUGGAAGAUCAAACACAACAACUCUCCUGUAGCUGAAAUCAUUACAGAGAAUAGAAAUAUCUCAACACCUUUUAUUGAAGAGAGAUUCAGAGACAGACUGAAGCUGGAUGAUCAGACUGGAGAUCUCAACAUCACACACAUGAAGAACGAAGACUCUGGACAGUAUGAAGCAGAUGUCACCAUCGGACACACACACACUAUACACAAGACAUUCAGUUUCACUGACUCAGAAGUGAGUGAAAGAUUCAUCAAUGGUGAAGGUGAAGAUGUUAGAUCCUCCACAGGUCUGUCUUCAGGAGUGAUAGCAGGAAUAUGUGCUGCUGCUGCUGCUGCUGCUGCUGCUGCUGCUGCUGCUGCUGCUGGUGUUGUUGGUGUUGUGAUCUACCUUCGCCGCAAAAUGAGACAUCAAGAAGUGAGUGAAAGAUUCAUCAAUGGUGAAGGUGAAGAUGUUAGAUCCUCCACAGGUCUGUCUUCAGGAGUGAUAGCAGGAAUAUGUGCUGCUGCUGCUGCUGCUGCUGCUGCUGCUGCUGCUGCUGCUGCUGGUGUUGUUGGUGUUGUGAUCUACCUUCGCCGCAAAAUGAGACAUCAAGAUUCAAACACGGGACAGGAGUCAACGGACACAAAUGAGUCAUUGAUGGAUGGAGGCGGCAGCAGUCUUAACGAAACUGCAGUGUAACAUGAUCAACAUCACACACAUCAAUAAGUUCAAAAUGAAUCUAUGUGUGCUGUUGUGAUAAAUAUUUCCCUUUGAUUUGGCAGCAAAAAAUAUUAGAAUAAGAAUUGAAAUCUUGUAAAGAUAGAUUUUAUAUGGGCUACCUUUAGACAAUGGGCCUCAUUCAUGAAACACGAGCAGAACAAUUUUUUGUUGUUUUGAUGUAAACUUUCAUAUUCAUGAAAAUGUUUCCAUUUUCAAAACGUCAGUUUGUACGAUAGAAAUUCAACCUGCUCCAUACCACCUGUACAUGGUGUGUAAAAUAUUCAAAGUUCUGUAUUCUUGUAGAAAAACUGAUGACACUCCAUUGUGAUGCACUGUGUGUCAUAAUGAUAUAUCACAAGUUUUCUUUAGUAACUGCUUUUUACUCUUUAACUUAGUAAAACACAGAGCUGGUCACUGUCAUUUUUACACAGCCGUCUAAUCACAGUGUAGCAGUUGCAGGACAAACACUACAUUUACCAACCAUCAUACACAACAAUAGAGAAGUUUAUAUUGAUGGUUAGUACAAUUUGAUUACAGUAUAUUCGGUAAUGCAGAGUUAAAUCUAUUACUUUUGUGGUAAGCAUAUAGCCAAUUUUUUUGCAUUUAUGCAAUAAUUUGCCAAACAGAGAAUGAAGUCCAAAGGAUCCAGCAUUCCUAUAUUAUACUAAUUAUGAAUGAGUGUGGAAGUGCACCCUGUUUACGAGUGACUGGAAUUCACUUACAUACACAUUUUUUAAGUAGUAUUUGUGACUCUGCAGGAAAGUUUUUGAGAAGGUGCGAAUAUUUUACAUGGUUAUUUUAUUAUUAUUUUAUCCAUGUAUAUUUUAUUAAACGCAAUAAGGCGGCAUAUAAAUGUCUUAAAUUAUUUUUAAAAGAAUGUUUUUAAAAUAUUGCAAUAAGGUUUUAUGUAGAAACAAUUGAAAGUCACUUUGUGAUUUUACAGACAGCUUUGGUUUAUCUGAAGAUUUUAUUGCAGAAGGCUUAUAGUCUUUAAAGGUGUCAUGAAAUAAGAUAGCACUUUUAAACUUUUAAGAAUUUUAAGCUUUUGUUAUAUAAUAGCUCAUCGUAUUUAAAUGAACAUCCUCUAAGUGUUUCAGAACUGAAGUCGUCCUUGUUACUGAAAUGACAACUUUUAUUGACACCAGGCCCAGCGAACGCCACGUCCUGGAAUGUUCGAGAAUGACUAAAGUGAUGUACACAUAGUAGACACAUUCCUUUAUAUGUGAUGAUUGACAAACUUGUAAACAUGGCGGCAAAUUUUCCGGCUAAGGAUUAGUUUUGUCCGUCAGUUUAAACUAAAUCGCUAACUGUGUUGUGUUAAUGCUCAGAAGGAUGCAUCUCACAGAGCUCUUUGUUGGUUAUAAAUAAGCGUUUUUAUACUUGAUGUUGGUCUUCGAUCAAAAAGCCGCGGUAUGGAUGAAUGGUCAGUUGCGGAUUUAUUGGUCUUAUAAAUGAAAUGUGCAUUUUAAGGUUUAUUUUCAUCUGUUCUUUAUUUGCUUAUUUUUUCUGUAAAGAUCUGGCGACCCUGUCACUUUUCUGAAGGGCUUUCUAGAACGGCUUACCCCGUGUCAUAUGUGCAAAAGUGAGGACUUCUUUCACUGUUAUUUUUAUUUAGAGCGACCAAGUAUCAAACAUGCAACAUAUUGUGCAGCGCCUGGUUGUGGAAGAACACAGUCGCUUCCUUCUGAUUCUGAUAUUAGGAGUAAUUGGUUGAAGAUUGUUUAACAACAUUGUGUGCUGUUUACUUAAUUUCACCGUGAAAUCUUUUGUAAACAUGGCUCUCAUCGUUGCUGGAUCUGAGAUUUUAAGCCAAUGCUGUGCCGUCAAUAUUGAUACUACUGGAUUCUUAUGUGAGGGAAAAUAUAUGUACGAUGCGUUUCUAGAGAUUGCAUUAAUAUGUCCUGAUUAUGUGUAACAAACGUGUCUAACAAAGUUUACAGAAGGCUCAAACUACACACAUAGCUUGUCAAAAAGAGGCACAUAGAGAUGUACAUCACAGUGCACACCGCUAUCUUUUGGAACAGUUAUCCAAUCACAUCAGUGGGCGUUUACUUUCAAGGCGGCCCCGCCCACAAAAAACGAGCGUUUCUUGAAUCUGCCUUAAAACACGGGGAGAAAAUAGCCUAUUUAUUUUUGUGUUUGAUGUUUUUUAAUGUAAAAACCAUGAGAAAACGCCAUAACUAGACCUCGGACAACAGUAUAAAAUAAUAAAAAAGGCAGUUCAUGACACCUGUAAAUCUUAUUUUAAGGUUUGCCUUUGGUUUGUUAUUAAGAGAAUCUCUUUCAUUAUUUUUUAUUUGUUUUUUUAAACAACUACCUAAAUAUUUUUGAUCAUAUGUAAUAAUAUAUAUUUAUUUAUUUGUGUAUGUUUUUUGUCUUAUGAAAAGACUCAGAGAACAGCAUUAACAUGAAAAAUCUUAUUUUAAGGUCUGCCAAUGGUUUAUUGUUAGAAGUGUUGCGUUUUAUUUUUUAUUGUUAUUUUUUUAUGUGUUUCUGACUAUGUGCAUCUCCUGGGGAAGGAACCAAUGUCCUUUGUGUUGCUAGUCCCAUACUCUAACCACUGAGCCAAAGGAAAGCUAAUAAUAUAAAAGUAAAUAUAUAUUAAUACAUUUUCUGUCUUAUAGAAAGAAUGUAAAUGCAUUGACCAGAAUUCAGACAGAUUGUUUCUGAUCACUGUUUACUAACCCAGAAAUAAUCUCUGUUUCUACUACUGUGAACUAUUGCACUACUACGAUUGUGAGUUGAAGAUGAUAAAUUGCAAAAGCUGUGCUGCUCAUCUGAAGUUGUGUCAAAUA